CGGGGAGGAGCCCGCAGCUCGCUGCUCCCGUCCGCGCGGCCGCCUGCUGCUGCUCUUCGCCUGAGACUCGCCCCGCCGCGCGGAGACGUCGCCCGGCCGCCAUGGAGAUGAAGAAACGGCUCAACCUGGAGCUGCGGAACAAGAAGCCAGCCGAGGUGAGCCUUCCCUCCUUCCCCCGGCCCAGGCCCGGCUGCCUUCCCCCGCCUCCGGCCCGCUUCGCGCACACGUGUGCGCGGCCGACAUGUUGGAGACGCGCGCCGCGCUCCUGGGCGCACGGAAACCCAUCCUCGCCCUGCAGUUUUUGGAGUGCCCUUUUCCCCAUUUUUUCUCAUUUUUCCGCGCCUUCUUCCUUUCCUCCCCGAUCCUUUUCAUUCCCGCCUCUGGGAGAGAAAGGGGGGGCCCUCGACCUAUUUUUUUGCGACCCCUUUUAAGACCCCCCCCAAAAAAAACCCAAGAGCAACACAUGCGCCGCUUUGCCUUUCGCCUCUCCAAAAGUGUGUUUUUACGCACAAGAUAAGUUUUAGGGGGUUCUUGGAACAGGCGGAUUUAAAAAUAAAAUAAUCAAAUUGGGAUCUGUUUUUUGGGGGGAGGGGGGUCCUGCCCCGCCCCUUGACCCAUAUGUUUUGUAAAGUGGGGGGAGGAAUCUGGUUUCCCCUGCAUUCUGAAUGCUUGCUUGGGGAGUUGAACCGAGGCCUACUUGGCUACUUCCCACGCCUAGUUGAGGGGUUCUUUUUAAUGGGGGGGGGAAUUGCUUGUUUCUUUUCGGGGACGGGGGGGAGAGAGCGAGCUCGGUGAGUGGGGUAGUUAUGUGGCCUCGGGGGGGGGGUGCUUAAAAAAUAUUCCCACCCCAGGAAUGUUGGAGUAGGCAUUUGAAUGUUUUCCGGAAAGGUGGAGCGGAAUAACCCCCCACCCCCACCCCAAAGGGAGAAAGAAAUGCCCUGUAGGCCUUGGACCGCCCCCCUCCAUCCCGGGAACGCGGGUCAGAGUUGUGAAUUGUGAUUUCCCCCGGCUUCGUUUGUAAGGGCUCGCUUUACCCGGUCUAUAAAUGAUGCGUAACUAAAGCGCACAUGGUGGGGUUUUUGUGGUGUUUUCUUUAAUGCAAUCUUGGGUCGGCGGGGGGAGGAGGAAGGAUGGCGGCAGUUUCCUCCCUACCCAUAGGCACUCCCCCCCUCCAUAAACCGCUUCCUUGCGCCCUCCCAAAAGCACAAUUCUUCUCUUUCCCGCCCCCCCCCGCCAGCUGCGCACGUGGAAACGCGUUUACUAAAAAAAAACCCCAGACGAUCAUAUAUAUAUAUAACUACUGGUGCUGGGAGAAGGGCGAUCAGUGAGGGAAGAGUUUGUUUCCCACCCGCUUAAUUCCCUCCUCCUAAACCCCCCCCCCCCAUUUUACCACCUCGGGGAGUGGGAGGAGAAAAACCACAGUGGAGCUUUUGAGAGCGCAGAGGAAAGGAGGGGUUUGGCGCUGGGUGGCUGCGCGCCUCGCCAAAGAAGGCGCUGCUUUGUAAAAAAAAAAGGGGGGGGUUGAGAUUAAAAUCUCAAGUGGUUUCCCUCCCCCCUCUUGGUUUUGGGAGAGAAGCAGAAAGGGAAAGGAAGGGGAUGUUGCGGGGGGGGGGGCGGAAUGGAUGCAUGCCGAGCCGCGUCCACGUGUAGCUUUUUUUUGGAGGCGGGGGGGGGGGGAGGGAGGGAUGGGGACUGGGUCAGGCAGGCGGAUGGAGAGGCCAAGGGGGCCUUUUAUGGUUUGGGGGUUUAAAGGGUCAUCCAAGAUGGUCUAGCAGCAGGGGGGGAGCGUGGCUUGGGCUGAAUGAAAGGCGGGUUGCGGGGUGGGGGGAGAGGCCGGUGAUACAUACACACACACACACACACACACGAACCAAUUGAAUUUAUGGUUGCACCCAGGAGCUGGGAGAUAGAGCCUUGACCCUGACUUGGACGGGGGGUGGGGGUCUGAAACUGCUGUUAGAAGUCUUGCAAGAACACACACAAACACACAAUCUCUGUGUGUGUUUAGGCUUUCUGGUCCAUUUUGAGCAAUGCUUUUGGCUGAGUUGCACCCAGGAGCCAAGCUGACCCGUAUUACUGAGGGUUGCUUGGCUGCAGUUUGGAUCAGCCACAUUUUUUGGGGGGGGGUGUUUUGUGUAUUGGGGGGGGGGCUUGCCAGGUGUGGACACUGGUCCUCUGCUGUUGCUUCGCUUGGUUUCCAGGCGCCUGGCUUCCUGUGUGUGUGGCUGCCAUUGUGGGGGUUAAGCCUUGGCCCCCCGCCUCUUUUGGGAGGAGCCAGGACUGCUUUCUCCACUACUGAUAGCUUGGGCAGUAUCAUGGCUCCCCCAGCAAGGAACUCUGGGAAUUGUAGUUCUUUGGGGGGGAGGGACUAUAAACUGGCACAUCUGGGGGAAUCCUGUUUGGAGGGACAGUUUGCAAUCAUUGUACCUGUGUUUAAGAAUAAUUUCAGCGUGUUUCACGUAGAAAACACCCUCCCUUAAAAAUUAAAAAGAGCCACGCUUAACUACGUAAAACUUGAGUCAGGUCAUUGUCUGCAUUGGAUGGUAGCAGCCCAACAGCUGAGAGCUUUCUGCAUGCCUAGCAGGUGUACUGGGGGGUCUUCUGCACUCCAAGCAGUUGUUCUGCCACUGAGAACCUAUGUAUUCAUCACAUUGUUGAGACAGGAUGAUGGGGGGGGCAGCCUCUCUAUUUCGUGUUAGAAACUCCCGAUUUUUAAGCUAGUCGCCAAACUUGCACCUUAGAGCUAGCGUAUGGUUGCCACAAUGGAAUGACUAGGUGUCUGUUUUUUCAUUUUUGCGGUGAACUUUAUUAUUACCCUUAUUAAUUAUUUCGGUUUCUCUUCUGCUUUUAUAUUUUAAAAGGGGAGGGCUGUCUCUAAGCGGUUUACAACACAUUAAAACAUCCAGUCAAAUGAUCUGGAACGAAACAAAUUCAAGCUCCAAGGAAAACAUUUCAGAUCCUUCUCUCCAGUAGAUGAUGAGUCUCUGUCCUCAAGGAGCUUGCAGUUUAAAAUAGGCAAGGGGGAGGAGGAAUGAGAGGAAAUUGCGGUGGAUUGCAUCCAACGAAAUUCUAACUGUUGCGAUUAGUAGCUCUGAAUUAAAAGGGCAGUUUAAUUUCAGCGGGUCUGCUCUGACCUAGAACGUUUCAGGUGUGCGGAAAUGCUUUUCCUUAAUUCUCCCCCCAGUAAGGUAGGCUAGCAAUGACCUUGGCUGUUCCACCUGCGAAAUGGGGAUAAGGAUAGGACUUGCUCAUGACAUUUGUGGCUGUGUCAAGAUGGAAACCAGUGUCUAUUCGGCUUGGACUCAUUCCAUUUCCCCCUGCCUUGAAAGUGCCUUAGGGACUGUUUGUCAAAAGGCGACACCGCAAAUUCGGGGCCAGUCUGAAUUGGUGUGGGCUUUUAAGUUACUGAGAGCUCUUCUAUUGGGUGGGAUGAGAGGGGAAUGAGCUUUAGCAGACGAGGACACGGCAAAUAUUUUUCUGCUGCCCUUGACAGGGGUCUGCCACAAGUAGUGUUUCUGGAAUGGCCUUGACGGUUUUGGAGUACAACCCAGUGAGCUUCCUGACGGGAGUGGGGAUUCGAACCCUGAUCUCCCAGGUCCCGGUCUAUGACACUCUAACCACUAUCCCACCCUGCCUUCCUAGAGGCCUCCUGCUAUGGGGCAGCUCUAUAAAUUGAGUACAGUGGUGCUUCAGGUUACAUAUGCUUCAGGUUACAAACUCCGCUAACCCAGAAAUAGUGCUCCGGCGGUGCAGCAGCAGCAGGAGCCACAACCCGUUCCUGCCAACCCAGCAGUUCGAAAGCACACCAGUGCAAGUAGAUAAAUAGGUACCGCUCCGGCGGGAAGGUAAACGGCGUUUCCGUGCGCUCUGGUUUCCGUCACGGUGUCCCACUGCGCCAGAAGCGGUUUCGUCCUGCUGGCCACAUGACCUGGAAAGCUGUCUGUGGACCAACACCGGCUCCCUUGGCCUGAAAGCGAGAUGAGCGCCGCAACCCCAGAGUCGCCUUUGGCUGGACUCAACCGUCCAGGGGUCCAGUACCUUUUGCCAUCCUGGGAGAUCUUCCUUUCCCUUCCUCUCAAACAUCUGCAUCUCCUUAACCCACACAAAAUGCAAAGGACCAGAGCAGGAAGGGAAAAGGAGCAAAAAGAAAAAGAUUUUCCACUAGUUCUACUAGCUAAGGAUGAUGCGAGUUGGAAAAUGCUGUUCCAGAGCUUUGUGAAGCUGUCUCCCUUGAACCCUUGAGGCUUUGCUUUAUACCAGGGUGGAUAAAAACCAGUGAUUAAAAAAUAAUAAUCAAAAAAUUGGAUGUUUUUGAUUUUAAUUGGAUUUUUACAAUACAAAAUGCUUUGGGAGGAAAAAUGUUUCUAAGGAUAGUUUUCUGUUACAUUAUACUCCAGAGGCUAUUCAACAGGAAAUAAGGAUUUAAGUUUUUUAUGUGUGCUAAAACUCAAGUCUUAAGUUGUUGCUGUUUUUAAUUGUUUAACCACAUCGGUUAACAAACAUGGAUACAUAUGCUAUAAUGUUACUGUUUUAGUUAAGUAAGUUGUUUAAAUGGUUAUUUUUUUCUCCUUCCACUAAAGGACAGCAGAAAAGUUGUCCAAAUAUAAACAGUUAACUUACUAAACUUUACAAUGAUUUCAUAAGUGUGUAUUCCUAAUGGUAUGACCAAAUCGGUGUUUUUGAUAUAACUGUUAAAAAAAGGACUCUGAAAAAUUACUGUUCCAAAAAUGAAACCUUAAAUCUGGUUGUAAAUAUUCAGAUUAUACCAGUGCGAAUGAGUCUUUCGGUAAGAAAGUGAUUUAAAUCUAGUCUUACUGACUAGCGAUUUAAAUUGAUUUGAUUUAAAUCAAAACCACUCUGCUUUUUACAGUUCGUCCUGCGCUCCAGGCCGCCUUCCGCCUUCCCGUGGCGCUAGUCCCUAGUGUGGCAAAGCAGCAAAUGGGAACUGCAUACAAUUGAGCCGUUCGCAGUAGGGUGGAUUUGAUUUAAAUCACUAGUCAGUAAGACUUGAUUUAAAUCGUUUGGUUAUACCGUUAGAAAUACAUGGACAGAUAAUUAUGAAAUUAUGGUGAGAUUUAAUAAGUUAACUGUUUAUAUUUGGACAACUUUUCUGCUGUGCUUUAUUGGAAGGAGAAAAAUGAAUCAUUUCCUUAAUAAGAAUUUUAACAAUUUAUUUAACUGAAACAAUAACAUUACAGUGGUUCCUCAGGUUACGGACGCUUCAGGUUACAGACUCCACUAACCCAGAAAUAUUACCUCGGGUUAAGAACUUUGCUUCAGGAUGAGAACAGAAAUCGUGCUCCGGCGGCGCGGCAGCAGCAGGAGGCCCCAUUAGCUAAAGUGGCGCUUCAGGUUAAGAACAGUUUCAGGUUAAGAAUGCACCUCCAGAACAAAUUAAGUUCUUAGCCCGAGGUACCACUGUAUAGCAUAUCUAUCCAUGUUUGUUAACUGAUGUGGUUAAACGAUAUUUUUUUUAAAAAAACACACCUUAGACUGAGUUUUAGCACACAUGAAAAACUUGAAACAAAUCCUCAUUUUUUAACAAAACACCAUUGAUUUUUUUAUCUACCCUGGUUUGGGGGGGGGGAGAUGGCGAAGUCUUCCUGGAGCUCAAAAUUGCGUUUCUCUGAAGGGGGCCCUUUCCGAUAGGAGUUGUAAAGAUAAAGGUAAAGGGACCCCUGACCAUUAGGUCCAGUUGUGGCCGACUCUGGGGUUGCGAUGCUCAUCUCGCUUUAUUGGCCGAGGGAGCCGGCGUACAGCUUCCGGGUCAUGUGGCCAGCAGGACUAAGCCGCUUCUGGUGAACCAGAGCAGCGCACAGAAACGCCGUUUACCUUCCCGCCGGAGUGGUAGCUAUUUAUCUACUUGCACUCUGACGUGCUUUCGAACUGCUAGGUUGGCAGGAGCAGGGACCGAGCAACGGGAGCUCACCCCGUCGCGGGGAUUCGAACCGCCGACCUUCUGAUCGGCAAGUCCUAGGCUCUGUGGUUUAACCCACAGCGCCACCCGCAUCCCAAUAGGAGUUAUAGCUGUCGUCAAAAAGACCCCCCCAACAAGACAGGGAGCUUUUUCAGCCUUAAACCUCUGGGCCAAACCUCCCUCCAUCAGCCCAGCCGCUUCCCUGAUCUCUGCUGUCCUCUUGUUGCAGAAUUUGGACAUUUAGCGCAGGAAAAGUCUCUGAAGCGUCGGCGCAAUUUGGUGAUGGUGUGGGAGUUGGGGGGCAGGUUGAGAGGUUGGUUUACAUUAAAAAUGCAAGCGAUUUUGGUGACGGAAGGAUGAAUUAACUCCUUCUGUUCUUUUAAUGAGAGGAUUCCGAUUUUGGGUUUAAAUUUGUGUAAAUGGCAGGGGAGGGGUGCACUUGAAAGGGGGGUGUUGCUCAGCACCCCCUUCUUGGGACACCCCCUCCCCCCGACAGAUCUAGGUCCUGAUCAAAGCUUCCGGGGGUGUUAGUUUCCUUGGAUGAAUUUUCGAACAUUACACAGUAUGUUUAUGCCACCAUAGCCAGAACCUAGACAAAAGCUGCAACCGUUAAGAGCUUGUGCUUGCUUUUCUCUUCCUCCCUCCUGUUCUUCUUUCCUCUUGUGCCAUGUCUGUUUUAGAUUUUUAGAGGGCAGAGACUUCUCCAUUUGGAAGCCAUGAGCUGUUUGCAGGGCAGGGGGCUAUAAAAGGGCACACAAAUGCAUCUCCCUAGUGGCGAAAUGGGUCUGUGCGCAAUGUUAGCCGGAACAUUGGUGCUUCCAGCUGUGUGCAGGGUUCCUGCAUUGCAGCGGGGUUGAGCUAGAUGACCCUAUGGGGUCCCUACAAUCAUAUGAUUCUCUGAAGUGCCAUAAGCAAAUGAUAUGGGGGUGCUAAGACUUGUGGCUUACAAAGCUUCUGUUAGCGGCCAUCUUCUCUCUUUUUGUGAUCCCUCGUAGCCGAGUAAGAUUGUCUUCCAUAAACACGGUUUUAACAAUGAGUCUGUAAGUGACUGUGGAGGCCAAUUCUGGAUCCACACGUCCUUCCACAGUGUGGACAUAGGUUUCCGGGUGGGAGUUGAUUCCGGUGAGGGUUUGCCAAGCGUGCCUUCCUCUUAGCACGUUUCUCCCUUGUGUCCUGAGUUCGAGUGUCUUCAAAGCCCAUGACACCUUUGGCAAAGGCUGUUUUGCAACUGGGGCGCUCGCAGGCCAGUGUUUAUACUACAUUCUUUUAAAUUUGCCUUGAGAGAGUCUUUGAACCUCUUUUGUUGACCACCAGCAUUACGCUUCCCAUUUUAAAGUUCAGAAUAGAGUACAGUGGUACCUCAGGUUACAUACGCUUCCAGUUACAGACUCCGCUAACCCAGAAAAAGUGCUUCAGGUUAAGAACUUUGCUUCAGGAUGAGAACAGAAAUUGUGCUCCGGCGGCAGCAGGAGGCCCCAUUAGCUAAAGUGGUGCUUCAGGUUAAGAACAAUUUCAGGUUAAGAACGGAUCUCCGGAACGAAUUAAGUACUUAACCUGAGGUACCACUGUAGUUGCUUUGGAAUACGAUAAUCAGGCAUCCUCACAACAUGACCAGUCCAACCAAGUUGAUGUUGAAGAAUCAUUGCCAUAAUAGGGUGCUGGCUUCCUUAACCCAAUUCUUCCCCGAUCUUGACAUUCGGUUCAUUGUAUCCGGACGGCUGCACCUUCCAUUGGGUUUGAAGGAGGAGGCAGGAAAACAGCUUGGUUUUCGCAGUGCAAAGAAUGCGGCUGCUUCUCGCGCCGUCUGCUAACGCAGCCGGUUCGGUGGCAUUGCUGCUGGCCAGGAUUAGGUCACUCAGCCGUGAUACCGUACAGCUGACUCACCCUGGCUUGUGGGGCUGCUGUUGCGGAAGCUAUGUGCCUCCUGCCAAAAUCCGGCUGCGCCGAAUCUGUCCGCAAAGCCUGGUCUUGUCUUCGCUGACCCGCAAAGCAAUUCCAGGGGGGUGAGUGUUUUCCCAGCGAGUUGUUCGUUGCCUUUCUGUCAGAAAGUGGCAGGAUGGGACGCCAGUAGGAGCAGAUUUCAGUAAGGACCGGAAAAGCUGCCUUAAGUUGGUCCAUCUAAUUCAGGGGUCAGCAACCUUUUUCAGCCGUGGGCCGGUCCACUGUCCCUCAGACCAUGUGGUGGCCCGGACUAUAUUAUUUUGUGGGGGGAAGAAUGAAUUCCUCUGCCCCACAAAUAACCCAGAGGUGCAUUUUCAAUAAAAGGACACAUUCUACUCAUGUAAAAACACCAGGCAGGCCCCACAAAUAACCCAGAGAUGCAUUUUCAAUAAAAGGACACAUUCUACUCAUGUAAAAACAUGCUGAUUCCCGGACUGUCAGGCCAGAUUGAGAAGGCGAUUGGGCCGGAUCCAGCCCACGGCAGUACCUAUUUAUCUACUUGCACUUGACGUGCUUUCGAACUGCUAGGUUGGCAGGAGCAGGGACCGAGCAACAGGAGCUCACCCCGUCGCGGGGAUUCGAACCGCCGACCUUCUGAUCGGCAAGUCCUAGGCUCUGUGGUUUAAACCACAGCGCCACCCGCAUCCCAUUUAGGUUACCUACCCCUGAUCUAAUUAAUUCAUCAGCACUAAAGCCAAUCUGGCAUCCUCCAAAGCAGUGGUUCCCAAACGUUUGGAGGCUGAUUCCCAGCGCCCAUAAAAAGCAGCGUUCAGAAUUGCAGUUUGUAUGACUCACUGAAGAACGUCAGAUCUUUCCAGGCCCUAGUCCGACAUUUUAACCUUGGCACCCCAGUGGUUUCCAAGAGUCCUCCUGCUAUGGUUCAGCUCUAUAAAUUAAGUUGUUAGAACAUUAUUAGCCACAUGUUGCCUGUUGUUGCUUCAGUUUUUCUAUAAAUUAAGUGGGUCAAUCAAUAUGGGAAAAGUAAAAAUGUCCCUUAGAGAAGGAUCUGAAAUAUUUUCCCGGAAACUUGAGUCUUCUUUAUUUAUUUGGUUAAAUUAGAUCGUACUUCCUCAACCUCGGCCCUCCAGAUGUUUUGAGACUACAAUUCCCAUCAUCUCUGACCACUGGCCCUGCUGGCUAGGGAUCAUGGGAGUUGUAGGCCAAAAACAUCUGGAGGGCCGAGGUUGAGGAAGCCUGUACGGUGGUACCUCGGGUUAAGUACUUAAUUCGUUCCGGAGGUCCGUUCUUAACCUGAAGCACCACUUUAGCUAAUGAGGCCUCCUGCUGCCGUCGCGCCGCCGGAUCACUAUUUCUGUUCUCAUCCUGAAGCAAAGUUCUUCACCCGAGGUACUAUUUCUGGGUUAGCAGAGUCUGUAACCUGAAGCGUAUGUAACCUGAAACAUAUGUAACCCGUGGUACCACUGUAUUAGAUCAUGGGUAGGCAAAUUAAGGCCCGGGGGCUGGAUCCAGCCCAAUCACCUUCUUAAUCCAGCCCACGAACAGUCAAGGAAUCAGUGUGUUUUGACAUGGAGUAGAAUGUGUCCUUUUACAGUGGUACCUCGGGUUACAUACGCUUCAGGUUACAGAUUCCGCUAACCCAGAAAUAGUGCUUCAGGCUAAGAACUUUGCUUCAGGAUAAGAACAGAAAUCGAACUACGGCGGUAGCAGGAGGCCCCAUUGGCUAAAGUGGUGCCACUGUAUUUAAAAGGCAUCUCUGGCAUAUUUGUGGGGCAUGGAAAUUCAUUCAUUUCCCCCCCCCCAAAAAAAUAUAGUCUGGCCCCCCAGAAGGUCUGAGGGACAGUGGACAGGCCCCCUGCUGGAAAAGUUUGCAGACCCCUGUAUUACGUGUUUUCAUGUGCUGCAAACCGCUUUGAGAUAUAUCUCUCUCCCCACCCCCACCCCCCGGCUUUAAAAUACAAAACAGCAUAGAAAUGAAAUGAAUAAUAAUAAAUUUCAUUGAGAAAGAGAAUGCCACGUAGACACCCCAUUGUGGGGACCUGCAGCCUAGCUUUAAGGUGCUGUUUGGCCUACAUAUCUUGAGUUUCUAACACUUGAGCAAAGUUAAUUGUGCAUUUGUUCAAACUCCAAUUAAAACUAUUCCAAGGCCUGUGCAUCAGGAGAUAAACUCCCUCUGCAGUGUUUGAUAAUCAGCUUAAAAACGGGGGCUGGGGAGGGGGAGGGCUUGUGUGUUUUCCGGGAGGAUUUUUAAAGCCCUUAAAAAAAAAUAGUCCUUAUUCCUUGCAUUGGGAAAUGGCUGUUGCUUCCAUAACUACGUUGCCGGAGUCCUUUUGUGCUCGCGGCCACCAGGCGGCUCUGUGAGCUUGGCUGAAAAUACUCCUGAUUUAAUGAAAAACUUUUUUCUGGAGAGGUUGGCAAAUGUCUCUUUUUGGGGGGACGGACGGACAUGUUUGGUACAGAGUCCUCCAGCUCCUGAUCUUUAGCACAAAGGCCUGUUCCAUUUGCCGAUGUUGCUCUUUUCAAACGCCCAAAAUCUUUUUUUCUUAGCGAGCGUUUUAUCUAUGACUCGUUAACAGCCUGACUCCCUCCUCUGGCAAUCUGCACAGAAUUUUUGCUUAACGGUUGCCAUCAAUUUGAUUUGAAUUAAUUUUAUAAUGAAAUGUUUUUAGAAUGUUGGAUUGUUUGAUUGUUGUUAGCCGCCCUGAGCCCGGCUUCGGCUGGGGAGGGCGGGAUAUAAAUAAAAUUUAUUAUUAUUAUUAUUAUUAACGACUGUCCUAUGAGGUGGUCCCUCCCAUUUACCCUCGUAAUUAAAUGGAAGCCCUUGUAAUUACAGAUAAGAAAACCGGAGGCAAAGCAAAUCUUGCCUUUCCAAAGGCCAUAUAUAUACUGUUCCUGUAGAAAAAGCCCAAGACUUGAGUCAUCUUGUGUGGCGAAGGUGUCGUGAGAACUGGGUCCACUUCUUGUAAUUUAUGGAUUUAAGAGCUGGGGGUGAAAUCAAGGCCCUGGGUCUGUUUCAGAAAUUGCACCUUGUGCCAUUGCGAUGCAGGAAUAUGCUGUUGUCCCAGGGUGGAUAAAAAUCCAUUAUUAUUUUUAAAAUCAGAUUCUUUUCAUUUAAAUUGGAUUUUUAUUUAUUUAAAUCGGAUUUUUAAAAUAAAAUGCUUUUGGGGAAUUUCCCCCCCUAAAGAUAGGUUACAUUACACUCCAAAGUUACUAUUCAUAAGUUACAUUAUACUCCAAAGGCUAUUCAUCAGGAAAUAAGGAUUUCCCCCCCAGUUUUUCAUGUGUGCUAUAACUUAACAAACAUGGAUACAUAUGCUAUAAUGUUACUGUUUUAGUUAAAUAAAUUACUAAGGAAAUGAUUGUUUUUCACCUUCCAGUAAAGUACAGCAGAAAAGUUGAAACUGAAACCUUCAUCUGGUUGUAAAUAUUGAGAUUAUACCAGCAAUAAUGUGUCUUUCUGUAAAAAAAUAAUGAGAGAGUUUGGCUUCCUUCUUCCUUUCUUUACCUUGUUUAAAUAAAAGUUUUAUUUGGUUUUACAAAUUCAUUCACACACAUAAAGUUCUUACAGUUGUUAAAAUUAAAAACAAGAUUCUUCCGAAUCUUAGGGGCUUCCCUCAUCCCAUCCGUGGGUUCUUUAAAAAAAACCUUUUUGUCAAGUGCAUAUUUUAAGUUCAUUCAAGGAACAGUCCUCCAUUAUAUCCAAAGUCUUCGUAACGUCGUAAGAGUUAUUUAAAGCCUGCCCAAAAGAGUUCAAGUGUUUAACAGUGUUCUUUUAGAUACAAUCUGCAUUUGUCCCAUUCUCUGUUGAAGUUUUGGUCCUCCUGGUUUCAGAUUUUCCUGGUCGGUCUUGCAAUCUCUGCAUAGUCACAAUAAUUUCAUCUGCCAGUCCGUUUUCCAUUGGUAUCUUGUCUUUCCAUUGAUCCAUAAAAUCUUGUCUUUCCAUUGAUCCGUAAAAUGAAAGCAAUAAACAAUGUACAGUGGUACCUCGGGUUAAGAACUUAAUUCGUUCUGGAGGUCCGUUCUUAACCUAAAACUGUUCUUAACCUGAGGUGUACCACUUUAGCUAAUGGGGCCUCCUCUUGCUGCCGCCGCGCGAUUUCUGUUCCCAUCCUGAAGCAAAGUUCUUAACCCGAGGUAAUGUUUCUAGGUUAGCGGAGUCUGUAACCUGAAGCAUAUGUAACCUGAGGUACCACUGUACUGCAGUCACACAAUCCAUCAGUGGCUGAACUGGGUUCCACACAGUCACACACAAAAAAACGAGCCACAAAACCGCGAAAUAAAUAGCGAAAACAGACACACCUCAGCGUAACGCUCAAAACGGAGCACGUUUGGCUUCCGAAAAAUGUUCGCAAACCGGAACACUUAACUUCCAGGUUUCCAUGUUGUUUGAGUACCAAGGCGUUUGAGAACCAAGGUACCACUGUACAGUCAUACCUCAGGUUGUGAACGUGAUCUGUAUGGGAUCGCAACCUGAAGCACCAUGUCUGCGUACGCACGGGACGUGAUCCGGCGCUUCUGCGCAUGCGCACAAUGUCAUUUUGCGUGCAUGCGCAAGCCCAAGUGCCGAAACCCGGAAGCGACCCAUUCCAGUACUUCCGGGUUCGGCAGGGUCUGCAACCCGAAAACGCACAACCCGCAGUGUUUGUAACCCGAGGUAUGACUGUAUAUCAUUUCCCAGAAAUCCUUUUAUCAUUUUGCGGUUCUCAAAUAUCCUUUAUUAGGCAUAGCAAACCACACAUUAUCAAACAGACACCGUAUACAAAUUGUGCAAAGUACAAGCUCAACAUAACAAGGUUUGGCCCAGUCAGAUCUUUAACUCCAGAGAAAAUCAAUUUGCAUAAAUAAUACAAUACAACUGCUAAAUCUCUUUAUAACGGCCCAGUCUUUCUACAUGGACAGCACUCAUAAAUUCAGCCACUAUUAAUUUGAUCAUUCCUGUCCGAAAGCAGGCCCUGAACCGUUGAUAGUGUUAGACAUCAGCCUAUUGAGUUGUAAGGCCUCUAAUAAUUGUCUUCUGGCGUAAAUGCCAAAAUCACAAGAAAACAAAAUAUGCUCCAAAGUAUCAGGUUCCUGUUUACUACAUUUGCAGAGACGCUCUGAUUCCGGGAGAGCUAAGUAUCUUCCUCUCACUAUCUUCAGGAGACAGAAGAGCAACGUCCAGCCACUUUUGAUUGAUGGGGUCUGUGUGGAGAGGGUAACAACGUUCAGAUUUUUGGGCAUUGAAUUACAAGAGGAUCUGUCCUGGAGUGUCAACACAAGGGGGCUUGUGAAGAAGGUGCAGCAGGGACUGUACUUUUGAGAAUACUAAGGAAAAACCAUCUUCCGCAGAAACUGCUGCUUGCCUUCUAUCACUGUGCCAUUGAGAGCGUGCUCACUUAUGGCUUAUGUGUGUGGUACGGAAGCUGUACUACCCAGGACAGGAUGGGGUUGUGCAGGGUUGUGAAGGCAGCAGAGAGCAUUGUUGGCUGCCCACUCUCCACCUUAGAGCAGAUUUAUGCCACAAGGUGCCAUAGGAAGGCACUGGACAUAGUAAAAGAUCCAUCGCAUCCUGGUCACUGUCUCUUCGAGCUCUUGCCGUCGGGACGGAGAUACAGGACGAUGAAGACGAAGAACAAGCCGUCUUAAGAACAGCGUCUUCUCCAGAGCGAUCUCGGCCCUGAAUGGGAAGCCCGGACUUUGAAAGUCAUCUAAUCUCCCUUGCUGUAUUAUACUGUAUGGAUUAAUUAGAGUUUUUAUGGAGCAGUCAAGUAAUUUCGUUGUCCCCGAAGGGGGCAAUGACAAUAAAGAUAUUAUUAUUAUUAUUAUUAUUAUUUUAUUAUUAUUAUUUGCAGAGACGCUCUGAUUCCGGGAGGGAUAAAUAUCUUCCUCUCACUAUCAUUUGAGGGAAACAUAUCAAAUCUGGAUAACAUAAACAUCCUGCACAAUUCAAAUCAUUUUGCAAUUCUACCACAAUUCCCCAGGUGAAGGAGUUAGUUCUGGACAACUGCCGCUCCGACGAUGGCAAAAUUGGAGGACUCUCCUCUGACUUUGAAAACCUCGAAUUCCUCAGUAUGAUCAACGUGAACCUCCUGUCCGUCGCCAACCUCCCAAAACUCAAUAAACUGCGCAAGGUAAGCAGCAAGACGUUGGCGUAAAGCUAAAGGGAUCCUUCCAGGAACUGCCAUCUUCCCUAUAAGACAGGGGUGCCCAAGCUUUUUUCAGAGAGGGCCAGGUUUGAUGAAGUGAAGAUGCGUGAGGGUCGAGCUGUUGUUGUUGAGGUUUUUUUAGGAUUUGACCCCCAAGAAAUAAACUGCGAAGCCUGAAGCUUUUCUGUUUUUCCCCUCCGUAGCUGGAGCUGAGCGACAAUAGGAUUUCCGGUGGCUUGGAAGUCCUUGCUGAGAAAACUCCAAACUUGACGCACUUGAAUCUUAGCGGAAACAAAAUCAAGGAUAUAAACACUUUGGAGCCGCUGGUGAGUUAAACGCUUCUCUCAAAGGGCUGGAGGAAACUAUCUAUAUCUAUCUAUCUAUCUGUCUAUAUAUAUUUGUGUGUUCCUCUUUUGGUGAAGUCUCCUCUCUCCUUUUCUUCCUAGGGGGUGCACCCCUUUUUUCAUCCUCAAAUUCUGAGGUGCUUUUAUUCUCCCUCCUGCCAGAAUUCAGCUGCUGCUGCUUUGCUUUGUAACCCAAAGUCAAGUACAUAGUCCUCAUGGUUUGCCAAGAACUGCACGGUUGUGGUUUGGUGGGAACGCGAGGCCUCAAAACCUUGAAUUGGCAGGGGGGUUGGUCAGGGUCUUGGGGUUGUAGCCAACUGGGCCCUGUUUCUCGGAGUAGACUCAUUGAAACCAAUGGACAUAAUGUGCCAGAAUUAGACGUAUGAGUGGCCUUGCCUAGGCAAAAACAAGGUUUUAGAAAAUCAUUUAUUAUAUUUUAUUUUGACAAAGUAAAAAUCAUGAAUAAAAAUGCGCUCCCCACCACCGGGACCGUUCCAUUGUUAACUACCCAACCUCCCCAAAUUUCAACACCUCUUGCGAUGGUUUGACCCCUUUCCAUUUUAACAGUACAAAUUCAACAAACACCUUCCAUAUCUCCUCAGAAUCAUUUCUUCUGCAUAUUCCCUGUCUUACCUUAAUGGCACAUGUUAAAAGCUUCUGCAUUUUUAAAAAUUAUUUUAAACAUUUUUUAAUUAGUUUUACAUACCGUUGCUAAUCUGAAGGUGGUGGUUUGCAAUAUGUGGUUUAUGCACACUUUAAAUUUGUCCCAGUAACAAACCAGUGGCCGGUGAGCAAAGGGGGCAGCUCCUGGCUCUGAUUUACGGGGGGGGUGGGGCAUGCGAUUAUCGUUCGCCCGGUUCACCUCCAGAAUCUCCACAGAAAAAGCUGUCUCACCUACGGAGUUUGGACCUCUUCAACUGUGAAGUGACGACGCUUAUCAGCUACCGGGAGAGCAUCUUCACCCUUCUCCCGCAACUCACUUACCUCGACGGCUUUGACACGAACGACAAAGAGGCGCCGGACUCUGACCCGGAAGUGGACGGGCUGGAGGAUGAGUACGACGAGAACGGGGAAGGUGAGACGCGGCCGAACGCGGGGAAGGGCUUUUGAGUUUUGGGAAAUCGAACAUGCGCCAUACGCUCCAAUGCUUCGUGGAUUUUUCCUUUCUUUUUGUCAACUUCCUGGCCCUGGUGCUUUGUUUAUUUCUUCCCCAUUUGCUGCGCCCUAACUGGACGCGGGUGGCGCUGUGGGUUAAACCACAGAGCCUAGGACUUGCCGAUCAGAAGGUCGGCGGUUCGAAUCCCUGCGACGGGGUGAGCUCCUGUUGCUCGGUCCCUGCUCCUGCCAACCUAGCAGUUCGAAAGCAUGUCAAAGUGCAAGUAAAUAAAUAGGUACCGCUCCGGCGGGAAGGUAAACAGCGUUUCCGUGCGCUGCUCUGGUUUGCCAGAAGCAGCUUAGUCCUGCUGGCCACAUGACCCGGAAGCUGUACACCGGCUCCCUCAGCCAAUAAAGCGAGAUGAGCGCCGCAACCCCAGAGUCAGUCACAACUGGACCUAAUGGUCAGGGGUACCUUUACCUUUACCUUUAACUUCCGUCCCUUAUACCAGGCAUCCCCAAACUCCACCCCCAAAUGUUUUGGGACUACAACUGCCUUCAUCCCUAGCUAACAGGACCAGUGGUUGGGGAUGAUCGGAAUUGUAGUCCCAAAACAUCUGGAGGGCUGCCUUCAGAUGUCUUCUUAAAGUCAGAUAGUUGUUUAUUUCCUUGACAUCUGAUGGGAGGGCGUUCCACAAGGCGGGCGCCACUACCUUAACAGUGAAACUUAAAAUGCAUUACAUUUGAGAAACAGAAAUCCUUUUUUUUUUUUUUUUUUUUUGUUAUAUCAAAAACAAACCCAAACCCACUUUGUAAUGAAGUCUUUCCUUUUGCGGUGCUGUGUUUUUUCCAGAGCCCUGAUCCUAACACAUGGGCAGGAAACAAUUGCCAAAAAAAUAAAAAGGAGUCAGAAAAGGGCUUCUGUUCUUCCACGAAACCUUAGGUUCUCUUGUUUUUAGUAGUUAUCUUUGCCAUCUUCAUCUCCCCCAUUGCUUUUACUCCGUGGGAACAACUUCCUCCUCCUGUUUUUGUGCAAGGAGAAUCCCAGCUGCUUUAAUAAACUGCUUAUAAUCGUCUUUUUGGGAACUUCUGAAUCGAUUAUCCCUGGGAGAAAAGCUUCACGCAAAUCGGGGUGGUUGUUGUCAUUUUUUACGUGCUGUGGCGGGAAAAAUCCUUCCUCUCCCCCAAACCUCCUUUUCGGAUCUUUCGUGGAAUAUAUGUAUUUUUUUCUUCCGCUUCUCCCCGUUUCCCAGAAGGCGAAGAGGAAGAUGAAGAAGACGAAGAAGACCUCGACGAGGAUGCAGUCGACGACGAGGAGGAUGAAGAAGAUCUGGAUGGGGAAGAGGAGGAGGACGGGGUUGACGAUGAAGUAAGUUUGCAAGGCGGCUUUCCUUCCCCCCUGCUUUUAACUUCGCGUUUCCCAGAGCGGUUAGAACAAAGGGUGCUAUGUUCAGUAACAGCAUCCCUCCCCCAGAAAGAGAGGGAAAAAAGAGAUUUGUUUUGCAGGUAGCUGAUCCUUCAGAUGGGAAAACUGCCUUGCACAAAGCCAGGCCAUUUAAAUAAUCACAAUAAUAUUCUUUUCCUCUGUACAGGUAUCUAGGCUAGCCUGCUUAACCCUGAGAUCAAAUGCAUGCUCUUACUAUAUUCUAAAGGAGGACGCAAGAUGCUGGUCCUCAUUGUUGUGGUUAAAGAGCUGGUUUCAAAUAGGGGCCCUCUAGCUCCAAAAGGGACGCGGGUGGCGCUGUGGGUUAAACCACAGAGCCUAGGACUUGCCGAUCAGAAGGUCGGCGGUUCGAAUCCCCGUGACGGGGUGAGCUCCCGCUGCUCGGUCCCUGCUCCUGCCCACCUAGCAGUUCGAAAGCACAUCAAAGCGCAAGUAGAUAAAUAGGUACCACUCCGGCGGGAAGGUAAACUGCGUUUCCGUGCGCUGCUCUGGUUUGCCAGAAGCGGCUUAGUCCUGCUGGCCACAUGACCCGGAAGCUGUACGCCGUCUCCCUCGGCCAAUAAAGCGAGUGCCACAACCCCAGAGUCGGCCACGACUGGACCUAAUGGUCAGGGGUCCCUUUACCUAGCUCAAUUUUAGCCGCAGCAGCUUGCCAGCGCUUCAAAGACAGUGCUCUUCUCUGUCGCUGCGCUACAGCGGCUAUCCCCAAAAUCUAGGGUUGUGGGGAGGGGUUAGAUACAGGCGACUCUCAGCUUGGCACUGGGGCUAAGUUUCGGGGACGUUGCGCAAAGCUGUAAUCAUAGGCUUUUAGAGUUGGAAGGGACUGUGCGGGUCCUCGCGUCUUGCACCCAAUGUUGGGCUUCGAAACCCACGACCCUGAGAUUAAAAGUCUCAUGGGGUCUGGGGUGGGUGGGUGGAAACAGAUUCCUGGGCACCCGCUUUGAAUUUCGUUCUUUUUUUAAACUGCCAUUGGUGGCGCCAUUAUUUCAUGUCUUUAGGCACCAGGCGAAAAACAUUCCUCUUUACCCAUUAAAUCAGGGGUGCCCAAACUUUUCUCAAAGAGGGCUGGAUUAAAUCGACCAGCGGGCUGGAUUACGCCCCUAAAACAAGACUUUGGACAUGCCUGCAUGAAAUAAACUGUGUCCUUUGAAAGUGUGGGGCAGAGGGCUGUUAUUAACAAUAAUUCUUUUGCCUGGCUGUCAGUACGCUUGUUCAUGUUUUUAUUUUAUCAUUAUUGAAGUUCCGUCAUGUGCUUUUAAUGUUGCACACUGCCCUGUGAUCUUUUGAUGGCGGGAGGUUUAUCAAUUGAAUUAAUAAUAGCUGAGUUGAGGUAAAAGCUUCUGCUCUCUUGACUUCAGGAAGAAGAGGAAGGCGAGGAUGACGACGAAGACGAAGGUGAGCCUUUUUAAAUCGGCGCUCCGGUCUCUGAGGGGUGGCGAAGAGGUGGCAAGCCUUUUCCUCCCAAAGGAUAGUUAAUCCAAGGGCUAUUGAGGUUAUUUAUGUAUGCUACUACUGCGGCCCGUGUUUUCUUAGCCCAAAAAUGGAAAACGAGCGAAGUCCCAGCUAAAGAGGAAUGGAAACUGAUGGAAUAUGCGCAGCUUGCGGACCUAACAUAGAAUAAGAGAACAAGAAGAUCAUAGGUUAAGAAAAGAAAUCGUUUAUGGAAUAUACAGGGGGGGCAGCGUUAAGAUAAAUUCAACAGUGUCAAUAAGUUUUGAUGGAUGCAAUGAUGGAAUACCGAAUGGUAUAAUUUGUGUAAAAUGGUAAAACAGAAAGUUUAAUAAAAAUAUAUAUUUUUAACAAAGAUAAUCUGAGGGCUGGUUAGGCAUGGGCUUUUAAAUCCCAGGUCCUCAGUUUGAAUAGUACUGUACUGUAGCUCUGAGCAAACCUCCCAUCUCCCAUUGCACUAGCCUACCUUACAAGGGGGACGCGGGUGGCACUGUGGGUUAAACCACUGAGCCUAGGACUUGCCGAUCAGAAGGUUGGCGGUUCGAAUCCCCGCGACGGAGUGAGCUCCCGUUGCUCGGUCCCUGCUCCUGCCAACCUAGCAGUUUGAAAGCACCUCAAAGUGCAAGCAGAUAAAUAGGUACCGCUCCGGCGGGAAGGUAAACGGUGUUUCCGUGCACUGCUCUGGUUCGCCAGAAGCGGCUUAGUCAUGCUGGCCACAUGACCCGGAAGCUGAACGCCGGCUCCCUCGGACAGUAAAGCGAGAUGAGCAUCGCAACCCCAGAGUCAGCCAUGACUGGAUCUAAUGGUCAAGGGUCCCUUUACCUUUUUACCUUACAAGGUUGGCGUGCGGAGUGCACCCGUGAAAAUGCACAGAGCGUCGCUUGGGUGGUUUUUAAGGCAGCUGUGUUGGAUGCAAAAGUUAAAUAGGCGAUUAAAAUUACCCUGGCCUCCUAAAAGGCUUGUCUAGAACAUUUUCGGCAGUUCCUUGCUUGAUUUUGAUAGGCAGUGAGUUCCAGUGUUUAGCCCUAGCCUCCUUCUUACAAAUACAGAACAAAUAAAUAAUUUUGCCAGGAGUGGACAUUUCUGUUUGUUUUUAAAUAUGUGUGUUUUUUUUCUCUCCCUCCCCCCCCAAAAAAAGAUCUCCCUCAGGGCGAGAAGCGGAAACGAGAGAUUGAGGACGAAGGGGAAGACGACCCCGAUGAAGAUGAUGACGACGACGAAGACGACUGACCGGCUCCUCUUCCUCGUAGCCAGACGAUCCGUUUUUUUACGGACUGUGACUUUCCUGGUCCCUGCUGUUCCGCAAGUGAGACUGUGACGACAAAUUUCUUCUCUCCCCUUCCUCUCCCGCCCCUGUGGGCCCCACCCACCCACCCGCACUCUGACCCCGGCCCCCCACAGUUGCUUCCAGGCCCACCAACCCCUUUGUAUCGCUGCGACAUCCACAGUAUAUUUUUUUAAAAUGUAGAAUACAGUUGAGGUGUUUCAGGAGACGUUGGGUGGCUUUCUCUCCCCCCCCCCCGAAAAUGCGCACAGUUUUUCUCCUCCCCCCCUCCCCAAAUACCCCAGCCCCUUCAACUCCUCUCCUGUUUUGGGGUAUUUUGUGACCAAAGGCUUUGCAAAUCGGAUGGUGCAUCGGACAAGCUUGUUUUCGCCCUUCUUCCACACCACUUGCUCCCCCCCCCCCAAAAAAACCCACAAGUUCUCUGCUCUGCCACUAGGGGGCAGGGCUGGGUGGGGGAACCCCCCCCCCCGCAGGUGGCGGUUUUGGAAUCGGGGUGUAGUGAUGACGACGGCGACGAAUUCUCCAGCUGUUAGGCAGAUUCCCAGACCACUUGGGAUGCUGUUCCAUUUUUCCAACUGUAUUAUUUUUUUUCCAAGAAAAAAGCCUCUUUUCUAAGCUAGUUGAUCUGCGGUCGUCGGCCCAACACUUUUUCUUUUGGGGGGGCUUUUUUCGGAUGUGGUGUGUCCCUGUAAACCCCCCCCCCCAAUUGUUCUCCGAUAUUCUUUCCCCAGUUGGGUUGACUUGAGUUACCUGAGACCUGCUGGGAGAAUCCCUUAUUAUUUGCUCAGAUUUCCAAUUUAAUUUGAGGGGGUUCCAUCUCCCCGAUGGAGGGCUGCCGUAUUAUUUCAGAGCUCGCCUCCUCCCCCCCCCAGUGGGGGCUUGAAUCCCAACCCCCGCUCCUUAACUUGCUUUAUCCUUAAGAAGGCAAGUGGUUUAGAAGAAAAGCAAGAGUCGCCGUCUUCCCGACUCCUUGUUUUGUUUUAUUUUCUCCUUCCCUCCCCGGUUUUGGAAAUUCCACCUGAGGCUUCUAACUUGUACAGGCUGCACAAAAACCAUGACAAUAAUGGGAGGGAGAGGACAAGAAUGAACGAAGAGCGAAGCGAAAUUGUGCUGCCGAAUCAUAUAUAAUGUUUCGUUUGGGGGCAAUGGAGUUGGUGCGUACACAAACACAAAAGCCUUUCCUUAUAUUCUGUGUCCGCAGAUGGCGAUACUUCAUUGUCAAGCCCAGUUGCAGUCCAGAAACUUUUUUUCUUUUCUUGUCUCUCUCCUUCGAGGGAAUUGCGGCAGCAUGCAACAAGUUGGGUGGGGGCCGGUCUCGGGGUCCCGCCUUCGGGGUUGGGGAGACGACGACGGCUGCACAUCUGGGCGUGGCGUUGGGGCCUAGGCAUGAGGUUGGCGAUAAAAAUCCUACAAGAUUGGGGGAGAGAGAAAUAGGUUCUUCCCUACUGAAUCCCAGAUCUUUGCUUGGUGGUGGGGGGAAUAGCUGGAUUGCUGGAGAUUUUGGGGUUCAGCUUCUUGUCCCAGGGCAGGUAACACCACCUUCUUUUUGCCCCCCCCCCCAAUAAAUUAAAGAGUUGUGUUUCCAUCUUCCCUGGGAUAGUCUGCCUGCCCCCACUUCACAACAGAACAUGGUUUUUCUGAGUUUUAAGAUAUUAGCCCUCGUUCCAAAGCAGGCCUUUCAUUGUGGUCAAAAGCUAAACCCAGAAAUGAAGAUUCCCUUCUUUUUUUGUGCGUGCGGUUUUUUGUUUUGUUCUUUCUGGGGUUUUCCGGUCCUUUUUUUAUAUAUCUCCUUUUUGUUAAGAGAAAUUUGAAUAAGACUUUUAAUAAAAGACUUCAGUUUUU